UUCUCUGACCAAUAACUUUGCUCAGGCGAGACAAGAAAAGUUGUCUACCUACUUCGCGGGAAAGCAGAAUCGCGCGAAACACUUUGGACAUCCGAGUUCCGCGUAAUCUUCGAGAUAAUCAAGGUUAUGUCAAAGAUUUUGAUCCAUGCGAUAGCAGCAAGUAACCGAAGGUUCCCUCAAAGUUUGAAGUCUAUCGGACAAGUAGAUCUUGACGUAUCGUAUCGGACACACACAUCGGUGAAUGAGAUUCCUUGCUACAACUUGCUUCAAACAUCUACAGGGUGAAAACUCGCGAACCAAUUGCCGUGGCAAGUGAUCAACUAGAUCGCGGAUCAUCAAAUGGACGAAUCCGUUGCCCAGAAGACGGAUUGUCAUCUGCUCCAGUCAUCGAAACUUCCGUCCAAUGACCAUCAAAACAGCAGCCCGCAGGACAACAAUGCCGAUCUGUUGAGAGUUCCGAAACGGAAGCUGUCGGUGUUCUGUCGAUCGUUCGACGUGAUCGAGGCGGAGGAUCAAGAGGACACUCUCGAAUUACAUCGGACGUCCAGCAAUCCCACGGUUCGUCUGGCAGACAUGCAAGAUGAGGGAUCUCAGCGAGAUCGUGAAGCGAGUCCUUGCAGGAAAGGCUUCGUCAACACUUGUCGAUCGUUGAUCGAGAAUGGCAAAUUCGUCAGUAAUCCGUCACACGAUUCUCUUAACGAGAGACCUGACAGUCCUCGCUGUUUCCCGGCGAGAAGAUCGCCCGUGAUGGAGCUGAAGCUGCCUCGAGUCAGAGAAGACAUCGAUAAUUGCUCGACGAUCAAUGAAAUCUCCGAGGAGAAGCAGCCUAAUUUGAAAAACGGAGAACCGAAAAGCGUCGACAAAAAUGUCGCCAACUCUUCCACAGAGGGGGACCAUCUUCCGGUAUCGGAGAAGAUCGCGCCGUCCACCAGUGAAAGCACGGAAAACGACGAUACGGGGAAGAAUUUCAGGCCCGGACAGAAUCAACAAGCAGGGAGUGCAAGCGACGAUCUGGCCAAGAUCAAAGAUCUGGCGUGUCCGCCGACGUUUGUGGACGAGUCGAGUACCGAUCGCGGGAAAUACAUAGCAGUCGGCACCGAAAUGUCGAAUCACGAGGAUACCUCCAUCGGUUCCGAAAGCGGGGACGAGACGAUGAACAAGGAAAGCGAUGGAAGGAUCGAGGAGACGAGGAACGACCGAUCGCGAGCCUCGUCGCCUCUUUCGAUUGCUCCGGUCCCAGGAGAAACGGAUUCGAAUCGGACGACCGACGGAGAGAAAACGGAGGACCUUGUUCGGUCGAACCGAGAGAAGCGACAAAGACUGUUCGCCGGAAGACGGUCAUUGUCCGAGGGCGAUUGUAAACGAUACCAUCGUGCAAGAAGGCAUUGCGGAUGCAGCAAACAAGAGGAGCUCGUCGCUGAUAGAGAUCAGUUUCCAGCUUUUCCUAGCUUCACCGAUAGCCGUUUGCAAAGUAUGGGAUUCACGAAUUUCGAUGAAACAAAUAGCCUGUGCAGGGAAAACCUCAUUUCGUCCGAAAGUGAGCUGGAGCGCAAGUACAUCGCAUUUUCGAUAGGACUUGGCACGGAUAGGAUCACGUUGCAACGAAGGGUAGCAAUGUCGCAAAGUCAAAGAGACCUUUCGGAACAGAACUUUGCGCAGGAAAUUCAGAAAUUACAAGAAGAGAUAGAGAAUCUAUCUCGAUAUUCCCUAUACACGGAUAGAGAGUCUAUGGAAAGAUUAGAAAAGGUCCGCCACAGGUUAGACAUAGUGAAAACUUGUGCGUAUAAAAUCUCAUCCGCUGCUGAAACACUCGGUGCGGUUCUUCAGGAACAGAGAAUCUCGCCAGGAAUUUACAUAGCCGACAAAUAUCUUCAGAUAUUGCGUUCGAGGUGUGAAAACUUAUCGACGGAAAUUGCUGAGAUUAAACGUAUUUUACUGAUGCACAACAUCGUGAUCGAAGAAGAUCCGGGAGAAAUAUACGACGUACCUCUUCAGGCAUCGCGAUACCGAAAUGGAUCGUCUCUGAGUAACCGAACAAUGAUGGCAAGAAGAAGAGCAAGUAUCGCAACAAUUUCACGACCCUUAACUUCGCAAGAUGUAACAAAGGAUUGUCCCAGGCAGCGUAACUCUGUCGCCGGUAGAGUCACCAUAAGGAGACCGUCAUGGUGCUCUGAGAUGAUAUGGGAAAAUGAUAAGCAAGUUCGAAAGGACAGUUCUAAUAGCGUUGGCGAAUUACGGGACAUCAGCGAACAGAUUGAAUCGAGGAGGAGUUCUCGUGAAGAGAAUAAUAAUCUUUUGAGGCAUGAUCAAGUCUAUGAUAUUGACACUAUGACUCGUGACGUUGUCGAUAACAUAAACGAUGAAGAUCGGUCACCAUCUACAUCAACGUGUCUUCUGGAAUCCAGAAUCAUCGAAAAACAAUUAGUAUCAUGUGUACGAACGGUCGAACCUCUACGAAUAACUAGUAAUUUUCAAACAUGGCGACCGGGAAUCUGGUACAUGUUGUUCUUUUUCCUUGGAUUUUAUGUAAAUUAUAUUACAUUGUCAGUUGACGGAAGCAAGGCAGGCGUGUUAUAAUUUGACCUUCUAUAUGGAGCUGCAGUAUUAGAAACUUAUAACGAGUGUAUCGAUAUUUACGAGGGAAAGUAAUAAAAGACCUAAACGUACAAAUA